UGAUGGUCAUAAUAAGAAUUAUUAGUGAGGACCUUCACCCACGCCUACAUGCAGAACUUACACCAUACAUCUAUAGUCUUACAUGUGUUACAGUGACAACAUUGCACAUUUUGUUACAUUAAUACGGUUUAAGUCAAUUUAUGAAUCACAUCACCAAAAUGCCAUACAAUGGUUUGAGGUUAGAAGGCUCCUUUUAUUAGGUGCAUAAAAUGUAUAUUGUUUUGUGGCUUAACUAAAAGGGGAACUUGUCUCAAAAUGAACUUUCAGUAUGUUAAAGAGGGGUUAUACUUGAAACAUUUUUGCAGGUAUUCUAAUAAUAAUAAUCCAGAAUCUUCUGUUGCCAUUUUUUUUGUUUGGAAACAUUUGUCUACUCACAGUAACGCUCCUGACAUAACUCACGAACGUGGCGUAAACUGAAACUGGAGUUGAAUUGAAGUAAAAAGAAUGUUAGAUUCACAAAAGUUAAAACUCGUAGAAUAGAAUAUGGUGGUUUUGCACACUUUGGAGUUAAACUGCCAUUUCAGAAUGCCGCUUAAUUGAAUCUGGAGUACCAAAUUUUACAAGACAACAAAGAGUACAUCUUAUACCAAACUGAAGUUGGGAAAUAAAUGAACCAUAUUCUACUUCCAAGCAUGAUGAGCCAACAACUGAGCACCAUGGAAUUGCCAGACUUGAGAUUACUCAGCUGUACCCUAUAAAUAUGCAGAAUGUGCUUCCUAUUGGGCCACUGGGAAACUUCAUACCUAAAAUAACUCUACCAUAUCGUGCUAAUAUGCAUAAUACAUUGCCUCUUGGUCCACGGGGACACUUCAUGCCUGAAAUAACUCGUAUACCAUAUACUGCUAAUAUGCAUAAUGCAUUGCCUCUUGUUCCACGGGGACACUUCAUGCCUGAAGUAAAUCAACCACACCCUGUUAAUAUGAAUAAUGCACUGCCUCUUGUUCCACUGGGAAACUUCAGAUCUGCUCCUAUGGCUCCAUUUUCAAUAUAUCCAGUUCAAGCUGCUAACAAUUUCCGUGACGCUCCAGCAUUCACAGUUUGCACCUUGUGCCAGUGUCAGGUGCUGGCUUGGUUGCUGUCUUAUCCCAUGUUUCGCUCACUGCUUGAAAGAUGUCAAUCACUUCUGCCCAAACUGCAAUCAUCUCAUUCAUCGCUUCAGAAGAUUACAAUACUAACCGUGAGCAAAGAAAACAAAAACGAGCGGCAGUGGAGGAACUUUGACUUUACUUUUUGGAAGCUGCCAUUUUAAAUGAAAUACUGUUUUGUCCGGUCUGUGGUUUCCGCUUUGUGUGUUUUUCAUUGUAACCCUAAGGCUGAUGGCUCAACGGUCACAGAUACACUGAUCAGCCCAUCAGUGUACAUGAAGCAGAUGUGUGAAAAUCCAUACUUUUAUCUGCUGGUCCUGUGCCAUUCAGCACACACAUAUCCAGGGACAGGAAGGAAGUGGAUCAGCUUUUCUUCACUAAUGUCAACCCUAAUGGACCCAUGUACCAUAAGCCUAAGGACUGAGCUAUAUUGCCUAAAAAUUGGACAAGCAACUCAAGGCAGUUUACGCGAGAAUAACCAUAAACUAAAACCCAAUCCAAAAAAAGCACUUUAACUUUGUAGCCUUCUAUGACAAAAAUGUCUUUUGUGGAUUUUAAAGCAAAAUGAUUAUCUAAGAAAAUAAAGAUUGUCUUUUGACCUUAGGAAAA